CAUCAUUGUACGUUGUGCAUUAUUCAUUACAGGAUACACUUCUUUUCAUUAAUGGUUCAUUCACCGUGACUAUCGUCUUGUUGUUCAUUUCAAAAUUGAGCAAAGAUUCCAUGUGCAGGUAAUCGGGUAAACCCGCUGCAAUGGAUAACGCUGUUAACCGUGAUAUGCGGCUGGGGAGCCAGGACACUGGUGAGGGUCUCAGAGACUGGGGUUCCUUCUGUGCCACACCUGCUUAUUGUGAUGAUGAUUAUAAAGGCCAUCGGUCGGAGAAUGCGGCUCUCUACAUUGGACUCCACCUGCCAGACACCGACUCGACCAAGAGACACCGGCGCCGACGUCACCAUCAUCACCGUGGGAGGGAGUCGGAUACCACUGAUGGGAAGUCGCCACAUGCACCACCUUCAACGCCCCCGUCACAGCGCGUCAAGUUCAUGCUCGGCCAGGAAGACGAGGAUGAGGAACACAAGUCACAUGACAUCUUCUGCGAGAUGAGUCAGUUGACCGGAGACGAUGGGGAUGACCCAGAGGACUGGGAGUGGAUGGAAACAGCCAGGUGGAUCAAGUUUGAAGAAGAUGUUGAAGAGGGAGGCGAACGGUGGUCGAAGCCACACGUUGCCACGCUCUCCCUCUACUCUCUGUUUGAGCUGAGGAAGAGUCUUCUGAGUGGUACAGUUCUCCUCGACAUGGACGCUGUAAGCCUCGUGCAGAUAGCAGAUCUCAUCCUUGACAACAUGAUCAGCACCAAACAACUAAAAGACGAUCAGCGGGACAAUGUGCGCGAGGCUCUUCUCCGUCGCCAUCGCCAUCUUCACGAAAAGAAACAUCGCAAGAGUGAAGCGGGGACGAAGUCCUCGAUCCCUCUCAUACGAUCUCUGGCAGAAAUUGGACGGAAACGCUCCGAGCCAAGCACGAUGAAUCCUAUUUUUAGAGCAUUGCCUCGUCGACAGAGCUGCGUCCCUUUGAUGAUGUCUGCCAAUCACAGCGUCGGCGGAAUGCCGAGGAAUCUUAGCACUGGGAAGUUAGGUCGCGUCGGAUCUGGCUCGAGGCUUACUGCCCACAACGAUAGUUCACCUGGUAUGAGUCAGGACGAGAGUUCAGCGGACCUACAUGAGUCUGAAUCAAGAAUAAAGGACAAGUUGGAGAAAUCACCCUCGUUCAAGCGAAGAUUUAGUUUUCUCAAGGAUGAUCUAGGAAUGUCAUCACCUUAUCUGAAGCGACGAUUUUCUUCUUAUGUCAAGGAGGAGCCACGUAUCCACUCGCCAUCUCUGAUGCGACGAUUCAGUGAAUAUGUCAAGGAGGCGCACUUUGGUGAAUUAGAUGUGGACAGACGACCCAGCUUUUUUUCAAAGCUGAAUGUGGGCUUCAUGAAGAAGAUCCCACCAGGUGCAGAGGCCUCGAAUAUAUUGGUGGGAGAAGUCGAUUUCCUUCAGAAUCCUAUCAUUGCAUUUACGCGUCUGUCAAAAGCGGUGCUGCUCGGCGACCUGACAGAAGUACCAGUGCCGACGCGUUUCCUGUUUAUAUUGCUGGGGCCGAAAGGUAACACGCAAAAGUACCAUGAGAUAGGUCGAUCUAUCGCGACAUUGAUGUCAGAUGAGGUGUUUCAUGAUGUCGCGUACAAGGCCAAGAAUCGCCAGGAUCUUCUCUCGGGCGUGGACGAGUUCUUGAGUAACUGUACUGUGCUGCCCCCUGGAGAGUGGGAUCCAAGCAUUAGGAUUGAGCCCCCAAAGAGUGUACCAUCACAGGAAUCACGAAGAACAGAAACAACCCCCGUACCAAAUGGUACAGCCCAAACAACAGAACCUGCUGAGGAGCAUGGGGACCCUACAUUAAUCAGGACAGGGAGGUUGUUUGGUGGUUUAAUUGAUGAUAUCAGGCGGAAGGUGCCAUUCUAUUACAGUGACAUCAAAGAUGCUCUCCAUAUCCAGGCGGUCGCAUCCUUCUUCUUCUUAUACUUUGCCUGUUUCACGCCGAUCAUUACAUUCGGUGGACUGCUAGGGGAUGCAACCGAUCAGAAUAUGGCAGCGAUGGAGAGUAUAUUAGCUGGUUGCAUCUGUGGCGUGGUUUACUCCCUGUGUGCUGGACAACCGCUGACGAUCUUGGGAAGUACGGGGCCUGUACUCGUAUUUGAGACGAUAACGUACCACUUCUGCUUUGACAACGGUUUAAACUACCUGUCAUUCCGUUGGUGGAUUGGCCUGUGGUCGUGCAUCUUCCUGCUCAUCAUAGUCAUGUUUGAUUUGAGCGCGCUCGUCCGCUUCAUCACGCGAUUCACCGAGGAGUCGUUUGCUGCGUUGAUCUCCCUCAUCUUCAUCAAGGAGGCAUUUGCCAAGGUGUUCAAAAUCUUGAGUUCUCAUCCGAUGAACAUGCAUCCGGAGAUUCCGUUAAACUACGACUGCUUCUGCAUGCCUGGGAAUGAUACAAACUUGACCGACACGAUCACAACGGUACCACCAAACGCCCUGCCCACGACACUCGCACCAAAUCUCCUCUCCACGACCCUGUCGCCUUUGAGUGAUAACGCGUCGAUCAUCUUGUCGAAUAUGACAAAAGAGGAUUGCGUGGCUGCUGGUGGAGUAUUGGAUGGACCUGGCUGCGACACACCUGUUUAUUACGACAAUGUCUUCUUCUUUUCGCUGUUGUUAUUUUUCGGGACGUUUGUGAUCGCCACAGGCCUGAAGGGAUUGAGGAACACUCAUUUCUUCCCAACAAUUGUGCGCACGACAAUUAGCGACUUCGCUGUUAUGUUAGCCAUUGUGAGUAUGGUUGGUCUUGAUGCUGCCGUGGGAUUGAAGACACCCAAGCUGGAUGUCCCAAAAGAAUUUAGACCAACAAGAAGCGAUCGGGACUGGUUCAUUCACCCGUUUGGGCCGAAUCCCUGGUGGACGAGUCUUGCAGCGAUUCUGCCUGCCCUCCUAGCGGUCAUUUUGAUCUUCAUGGAUCAGCAAAUCACAGCGGUCAUUGUCAACAGGAAGGAAAAUAAAUUGAAGAAAGGAAGUGGCUACCACUUGGAUCUGUUCAUCGUUGCCCUCCUGAUCGGCCUGUGCUCGAUGAUGGGCCUACCGUGGUUCGUUGCCGCCACCGUUCUCUCCAUCACGCACGUCAUGUCGCUGAAAAAAGAAUCUGAAUGCAGUGCUCCUGGCGAGCGUCCCCAGUUUCUCGGUGUCCGUGAGCAACGUAUGACGGGUACACUCGUCUUCCUAAUGAUUGGCCUGUCCGUGCUGUUGACGUUUAUCCUGAUUCUCAUCCCGAUGCCAGUUCUCUAUGGUGUUUUCUUGUACAUGGGGGUCUCCUCCCUCAAGGGAGUUCAGUUGAUCAACCGUAUCUUGAUCAUGUUCAUGCCCGCCAAGUACCAACCCGACUACAUGUACCUCCGCAAUGUUGCUGUCAAGCGUGUGCAUAUUUUCACAUGUGUGCAGGUGUUGUGUCUCGCUGUACUGUGGACCGUCAAGACCAUCAAGACCAUAUCCAUUGCUUUCCCUCUGAUGGUUCUGGCGAUGUGCUUCGUGCGUAAAGGCCUGGACUAUGUCUUCACGCAGGAGGAGUUGAAAUGGCUGGAUGACAUAAUGCCAGAGACUCACAGGCGCGCCAAGGAUGAGGAGGAGAAGAAGAAGAAGGAGAAGGAAGAGGAAGGGGAGGAUGGGGACACUUCGAGAGCGCUUGAGUUCACCAAGGGCGGGGAGGUGGAGAUCCCUCUCAGUGACGGGCAUGUGAUGAGCAUCCCAGUUGAGAAGAUCACAUAUAAACCAGACACACAGACGAUCAACAUCUCGGAGGAAAUGGCAAAGACAGCAGUUUGGCGCCAGCUGGCAAGUAAUGCCGAGAAGGAACAUAUCGGCACUAAGAAGCCUAAGAAAAGGCACCAUCGACACCAUAGGCCAUCCAAGAAAACUACCCCGCCUAUCAUAGAAACAAUCGAGGAGAAACGCCUCUCGCUUGAAGAAGACGAUGCAGGAAUCAUCCUCAACUUGUCGCCAAAGAAAACGAAAGAGAAAGGCAAAGAUGAGGAGAUGCAACAGCUAAUGCCUGAGAUCAUCGUUGAACCUCCGUCUGGCUCAAGCAGCCCGACAAGGGACAGUCCAGUAUAAUGGUCACUCUCUCUAGUGGAGAAAAAUUGUAUAUAGUGUUAAUUCUGUAAUGCCCACUUAGUGACGCUCUGUGGAUUGUGUGAUUGUGCUUUGACUUGAUUCGGCGGACUACUCCCAGGGGCUUUUUAGCGCUGCCAUGCUGCUAUUGAGGCUAGGUGAUAUCUGGUCCGUCUGUGGCCAUGGAGUGGAUAUUUAAGUUGGUUGUGAUGAUAACGUGAUAGAAGAUGUCUUGAAUUUGGAAAAAUCUAAUUUUACCAUAUUUCAAGUCUAACUGAUUAUUUUGCAUAUUUGUCCUAAGUGAGAGGAACUUUAGUGGUUAAUCGAUCAGAUUUUUUUUUUGUCAGAAAUAUCGCGUGUUUAUUUGAUUACCGGUAUCAAGAAGUAAUGCUGGUAUAAAAUGAGGACUUGUUGCCAUCUAUCUAAUGCCUGGCAAGGUGGAAUGUGGCCUGCAAUAAGUCCCUGGGUUACUUAUGCAUAUAUUUUCUGUGGAAAGUUGUGUGCAUUAAAAAGUAAGACUGUACAUAUAUUUCUACUUAAGUUUUGCCAUGGUCAAUCAAUGUAGGUUAAUGUUGUGAAAAUGCAUUAAAAUCAAAAUUUAGAAAAUUAGACAAGAAAAAAACUACAAAAAUUUCUAAUCUGUGGUGUGAAAAAAAAAUGUUUAAAGUCGUUUGUGCUAUUUUAUUAGCACUGUAUAUAUCUAGUAGGUUCAGGGAUACACAAAUAGUCAAGUUGCAUUUUUACACUUCACCCUGUAGCUCAUUAGUUUAUUUUUAGUGCCAAUUGAGUGUAAGCUCUGAUAGACUCGAUUUGAACUCGUUGCCAUUUGUUGCCUUCUGACAUGAGUUGAUCUCAAGCCAGGAGUUAAUCAACAUCCUUUAAAGGCCAACUCUGUUCCUGCGCAGUGUCUUUUCCCAUCUCUUCACUAUAUCUAGUGCACAACUCUUACACCAGGAGACACCAAUAGUCAAAAGCGACGAUAAUGCAUUUUGGUAUGGUGUGUAUGGAGUUGAUAUAGUGCAUUUUGUGCAUCUGUUUCCAAACAGUGCAUGUUAAUAUAAGGCAUGUAUUAACUUUGAUUUUCAUCGGCGAAAAAACUAUGACGUUUACUGUAUUAUUCUUCUGACAACUGCAAUAAUAUAAUAUUUUCGGCAACAAGGACCAAGGAAAGUAACAAAGCUGGCCUUUAAUGGGGAUUAUCAUAUAUCCCCCCCCCCACCCCCCAAAAAAACAAGUUGACCCAUUUUGAGGGAAACCCCAAAAACAGCCAGUUGUACCAUUUCUGGCUGCCAAGUUACUGGAAGGAAAUGCAAAAAAACCACGACAACCAGUCUUAGUCUCAUAACUAGUUCCUUCCUAUUGGGCUGCAACUUGUUUUUUUGCUUUGAAUUGGUCAGAUUUUGUUUUUGUUCAUCGAAGUGUUAUUCUCGAGGUGUACAAAGGGUUUUUGAAGUAAUUUGUAUUUGUAAAAAUAUUUGCGUAUGCGGUAUUUUAUUUAAUGAUGCCAUGCAUGUCGUGAUUUCAUUUAAUAGCAAAUUCAUGUGAUUCUGUUAGCUGUGAGUGAAUCGUGUCCACUUCGCUAAAGUCACAAUAUCAUGGUUUGACUCUGGGCUGUUUGUGAUUUCAUCAGGGUUACCUUUAGACGUGUAACAGGAGUUCUUAAUCAGUAAAUGCAGUGGUGGCAGUUAAUUGUUCGUGUAAAUAUCUAGAUUGAAAGGAUAAUGUGAGGUGUGAUAGCAUUUAUUUGUUAAUAUUUUAUGCAUAUAACUUGUAUAGAAUGAUGAUUUUGAAGAUGUUUUUUGCUGAUCAUGUUUAUAUGGGUUAGAUGUAAUUCUUAAAACUGUCACUCAUGUGCUGUAUAUUAGGCCACACAUUUUAGAUUUGUUGGAUUACGAAUCUUUAGAGUCAAAACCUAUGUGGGUGGGGUGGAAAUUUUAAGAAAUUUAAAAUAAUAGUUUUCCUUGUGGGGUGAGAAUUUAAAAAAUGCCAUCAGACUCAAAAUCUAUGUGGGACUAGGUAAGUAAAAUAAAAACAUGCUUAUUUUUUAUCAAUUUUUGUUUAAGAUCGUACAAGGGGACCAAAAAAAAAAAAAUUGGUUGAAAUUGGAUGUCAGGAAAAAUAUUUUUUCUUUCCUCCUUAUAUUAUGGUCGGGAGAAAAAAAAAGUGUGUCGAAAACGGUCAUCAUGACUUUUUUUCCACUUUCCGGAAAAUGACCCCAGGUGGAUUCGUAAUCCAACAAAUAAAAAAAUGUGGCUUAAGCGAAGAAUUCGAUGAUUCACAGUGGCUUUUCAUGGCUACUAAUUUCGUCCCCUGUCAGUGACUCGGCCCCAGACCCAGCAAAUACCAGAUGCGGGAGCAAAAGUUUUAAAGAAGAAUGGUAAAUGUGAUGAAUUCUCUUCCAGUCUUCUCCUACAGAAACCUUGUAGUAUGAAGCAACUUGUGGUAGUGGGUGUUGUAUGCUCAAUUCUUAAAAAUGUGAUACACUUUAGGUACCCAGUAUAGACUAAAUCGGAUCCUCCUUCCUACACCUCAGCUAGUAGAAUGAACUUGCCUGCUGAGUUCAUUAUUCGAGACAUUUAGAUUUUUAGGCGAUCAAGCAGCGUUCAUACAGAAAACCUUCAUUCAUUAUGACUCAUCUUCGUUUUAUCUUAUCUCUUAUGUCUCAUUCAGAAUUCAUCUUUUCGUGUGGUAAAUAGGAGAGUUUUGUUUUUUAUGCGUGACAUUGAAAUAUACUUGUCCAUUGUGCUGUUGUAUCAUUAGACAACUUAUCGGUGCUCCUGGGGAAUGUACCGGUAUUAUAAAACAUGUCUUUUGCUAGUCUACCUUGAUACACCCUUGAGAAUCAGUUCCCGACUGAGAAUCUUAUCUCAAAGCAGGCCAUCCAACUUACCGAGCAGCCUGCCCGGAAUAGUACCGAGGAAAAUGUGUGCGUCGGGAAAAAAAAGAAAAUUGUGUGCUCAUAGGUAAACUUACUAAAAGAAGCUGUAUCUAUUUGGUAAGUGGGUCAAUAUGACAUAAUAUGCAGUAAAUUUUGAGGUAAAUUGACAUCCGGGUACUCCCACAAAUAAAUUCAUGUAUGCUUCGCAAUUUAUUUGCUCCUCACAGGACAAACCUUUGGUGCAUUUUCUCAGGACAGGCCAGCUCAGCAACUUGAAAAGUCUGCCUGAUUCCUGACAAGAUGAGGAAUUGAUUCUCCAGUGUUCCUUUAAUAGCAAGUUACCAGUACUUGCCUAAUCCUUUAGGCUCAUCAGUAAGUCUGAAGUAGAGAAAGGAAUGGAGCACUGUAAAAAGAUUUUCAGCCAACUUUGCGUUGUGAGCAAAGCAAGAAGUAUGCAAGCAAACCAUGUAACAAACACAACAACAACAAAAUUGUGUAACGUUAGGAUUACUAUGCAGCCCUGUCACACGAGAAACAGCUCUGACACGAAUCUAACCCAGUUAACAUGGGAGGCACUGAUGUUAUGCAGUCACACCUCUUGGACAUGUUCUGUAUCAGGUUUCAGGCACUAUAGCUAGCUUUAGGGCUUGGGGAAAAAGGCUCUUUGGGGAGGCAGGUCAAGAUGACACUUUUUGAAAUUUUUCGGCCAAAAUCAUGGUAAAAAAAGUACAAUUUGGUGAGGAGAGUUGAUGGUUGUUGGCAUGUGCACCUGUUUUCUCUGCCAAUUCAUUGAUUUGUAUGUGAUUUAUUGAUUAAACUAUACUCCCAUUUCUCAAAAAAUGGCACUCCAAAUGUUAGAUUUCACUUGAACUUCAAAGGCCAAAGUAUCUAGAAACACUUACUUUGCCAGAAUUGACCAAAGCUUGACCAAGAAUGUGCCAUUUGAAGCCAAAUACUGACAAAUUUUCCAAGCCAUUUAAGGCUUGUUUUGCAUGCAGUGCCAUUUUUUCAUGAGACAGAGUAUAGCAUGUCGAAUGUAUGUGUCCCACCGCUAACCAUGCAAAUAGGAGCUUUGUGCAUCUGAUAUUCUUGAGCUACCUCAGAUAAAAAAAACACCAUUAUGUAUGAAACAGCAAAGCUACCAAAGUCUUGGGUCAGCUGCAGUGUGUCUCGUGGUAAGACAUUUUUGAUUGAAAUUAGUUCUUGCGAGACUAAAACCUUAGGUCACACUUUUUUUAAGUCGGAUUACGAAACUUCAGAUCCAAAACCUAUGUGGGUGGGGCGGGAAUUUAAAAAAAACAAACAAAUAUAUUUUCUUCAAUCUCAAAACCUAUGUGGGGCUAGAAUAGAAAAUAAUUCCAUCAGACUCAAAAUCUAUGUGGGGCGGGGGAAAUAAAAAUAUAUCGAUAUAUCAAUUUUAGACUCAAAUCAUACAAGGGGAACCCAAAAAAUAAAAAUUGGUUAAAAUAGGUCAUGGGAAAUAUAUUUUUCAUUUUUCGCCCUAUUUUAUGGUCAGGGAGAAAAAAAAGUGUGUCAAAAACGGUCGUCGGGACUUUAAUUUUUUUUCCACUUUCCGGAAAAUGACCCCAGAUGGGAAUUCGUAAUCCAACAAAUAAAAAAAAUGUGGCCUUACUGGUGUGUGCUUUCUAAUGUUAUCAAGACAGAAGCGCUACAGUGAAAUGACCCAUGUUGCAUACCUAUGUUAUUGGUGAAGAAUUUGAGGAACAAUAUGUCAAUCACUUCUUUAGAGGCAAUACAAUGUUUAAGCAAAUAAGGAAUCCACAGCAUUGCUCAAUGAAUUUUAUUUUUUGAAUUUGGUAGCUUUUGUGGGUAUCUGUCCUCAGGGUUUUAGAAAUCAGAUUUCUUUCAAAAUUUUGAUCAAAAUCAUCACCAUGUAAUAAAAGCGGAAUGUUUAUAAUGAAUUUACAUGUAUUAUUGGCUUGCUUCAAAGAUGUUUACCAUUUUUGAGUUAUGGUAAUGUAAUGCCAACGUUAGUGACAAAAGUUGUUCUAAAACUUUUUCUGAACAGCCGGGCUCUGAUGUUUCAAUCGUUGAUUACAUAGUACUUAGCUCCUCGGACACAAUGUCAUCACAGGUUGCAUUUCUUUUAAUUAUUUGUUGAUCUGUUAAUAAUAUGAGGUUGUAAUUAAAUGUUUGUACAUACGUUAGUGCCAUAGCCUCUAGAAAUUCAAGUUUGGCAUCCAGUGAAAAGCUCGAUUUGGUGUAAGGUUACAUUGUAUAAGGUUUAUAUAUGAGAGUGGCCAAUUUUUUGGAAAAAUGCCUCCUUUAUCUUAGACCCAAAUGUACUGAAACAACUUCAGGGCCCAAGCUAAAUUGUAAACUAGUUCAUUUUAACCUAAACCUACUUGAAAAUGCAUUAGCCAAAAGAGAAGUGAAGAGUUGAAUUUGAGUGUCCAUAUUUUGCUGAAAGGGUAGCUAAGCUAGCGCGGGCCCUGAAACUGUAUAUGUAGCACCAUGUGAUCACAAGGCUAUAUCGUUGCUAUCCUAUAAUGUGGUUUACAGAUAGUGUCAAUCAUGGCCAGGUGAAUCAGUACCAGUGGGAAUGUUUCUAUUGUAAAUUCUAUUGUGUGUUUUGAAGUGCUAAAGCGAAAAACCAUACCAGGCCAUGUUGUUAUCGGGAUGGUAUGUGUACAUGCGUGGUGGUUAAACUAUACCAGCCCAGUAACUUUUGAUCUCAUAACUUAGGUAAUAUCUUUGGGGUGAUGCGACUCCUGGUGAAUACUUUGACUACUGUGAAUACUACAUGUAUAACCCCAAAAUGAUCAUGCUCAAUAGCUGUUUUACGUUAGGUUUGGAAUCAAAAUUGUGUGAACAAGACAAAAUGUUAAAAUUUCAUAAGGAAGAAAUUAUGCUUGAGAUGGUUAUCAAAAAAACUCAUUGUAGUGAUACACAACAGUGUUGAUGAGUUUACACAUGACAAUAGAGUCUUCAGGUUGAAAAAUCUUCAUUAAAAAAGGACCUCAUGUGAUAAGGGUCUUAUGUUGUUCUAUAACACAGUAUGUCAAUAUCAAAAAUGUAAUGUCACUAUUCAGGACAGUGUUCAUUUAUGAUCUGAGCAUUGUUUAUGAUCUGAGCUUUGUUUAUGAUCUGAGCAUUGUUUAUGAUCUGAGCAUUGUUUAUGAUCUGAGCAUUGUUUAUGAUCUGAGCAUUGUUUAUGAUCUGAGCACUGUUUAUGAUCUGAGCUUUGUUUAUGAUCUGAGCAGUGUUUAUGAUCUAAGCAUUGUUUUAUGAUUCAUAGCGUUAAUUACACUGUUAUGUCGGUAUUCAUUUAUGAGAACUAUGCACAUUUGAGAGGGACUUACCUGUGCAAAAAAUCCAGCAUUUUGGGCGCAUUGCGCAUGUAUUCAGUGCACCAAUACUCGAUUGAGGACAAGGACCUGAAAGAAGAAGAUUCCACUUAUAAAGAACACUGUAGCAAAUUUUCAAUACACUUUACGAACAGUUUAGCAUUUCGUUUUUCAAUGAUGCUUGUUAAGUAUUGAUGUCACUUCAUUCACUUUUAAUAGUAAUGAGCAUGUAGUAGACACAGCUCGGCCAUGGUGAUUAAGUAGAAACUGGGCAGACACGGCCUAAAAACAGUACAAGAAUAUCGAUAAUAAAUAUGUUAUAGAUAUUUGUGACUUUUUCCUGUGACAUUACUGGUGCCAUGACGUCAUGAUGUGGCGAAGGACUAAAUAAAGGUGUUAACUGUUAGUAAAGCAUGGUAAUAUUUUUCAAAAUGUGAUUACAUUGUAUAGCAGUAUGUGAGUGUUAAGACUGCUAUUAGUGCUAACAGAUGUGUAAUGUUAGUCUGAAGAACUACAUCCAAAAAUUAAAUGUGUGCAACU